CGCGCCGAAAGUCACACACCCAUUGGCCCAAGAUGCCACCCUUCAAAGAUGAUCAGAUCAUAGUCAUCGCGCCGGGCUCAGAGACAACUCUGGCUCAGCUUGGCUUACCGGAGUCGUUCACCCCCGCACGUGUUCGUCUAAGAUCGCGCAUGUUUCCCGCGGAGAAAGAAGGAGAAUUUGAGCCUUACAAGAUAAGGAGGAAACAAGACAAGCCUGGCGCGAACGGCGAGGCACAAGGAGAAGCAAAACCCGCUGCAGAAGGUGAAGACGAGAUCAUAUGGGAGGAAGAUCGAGUUUCUGAGGAGGGUGCAAUAUGGCCCAUUCAAGACGGAAAGAUCACAGACUGGCCGUGUUUCUUCGCUCUCAUCUCCCACGUCUACAAUGCCCUCAAUCCGCCCUUCCACACCACGAUUCUCCUCGUUACACAACCCUCGUGGACUCCUCGAGAGCACGAGAAGCUCGCACAAUUCUUCUUCGAGAAGUUCAAGACACCCGCGUUUGGUCUUAUAGACGCAGCGCUUGCGACAACAUGGGCCUAUGGAGUACACACUGCAACGAUUGUGGAUGUUGGAAAGGGAAAGACGGAUGUUACGGCUGUCAGCGAGUUCAUUCCACACCUACAAGGCCGCAUCGUGUCCCUGUCAGGCAGUGGCGGUGAGGCCUUCACUGAGGCGCUACACGACAAGCUAAAGUCGAAAGGCUUCAACAGAGACAUGUGUGAGCAACUGAAGAAGUCCCCCAUCUGCGAAAUCUUGCCAGACGGGAUACCACUUCCAGGAAGUGGAAAGACAGAAGGAGACGUGAUUACAAACCCAGCAUCGGCAGCAUCUACGGGUGCCAUCGGUUCUGGACCUGCAGCUGCUGCUACAAUUGGCAAUGCGCCACGAGGCCCUGGGCCAGAUACGGAAGUUGGCGAGGAAGACGGGCCGGAGAACGAAGGCGUCCUUGAUGUCGCCAGCAUCGUUGCUGGCGGCAAGAUGAACGAAUAUCUCGCCAAGAAGGAGAAGGAGAAGCAAGACAAAUCGAACGCAAAGAAAAAGGGCGCACCGGUGCCCGAGGCCAAUAGGCCUGUGAGGCUACCGAACUUCAAGCGAGAGAAGGCGACCUUCCUGUACGAGGAUCACGCUCUCCUAGACGCGCUGAAGAACACAAACCUGGACACGCAAGGCAUGGCAGACGCAAAGGCUGCAUUGGACGAGGGCCCAAGCAAGAAGGCGCAAGAAGGUGAGCACGGAGACGGAGCUGAAGCCAACGGCGCCGGCGAAGUUACUUCUGCAACAUCACGAGGUGCCAUCAGACGAGAGAUGGAGGUCGGCACAGAACGGUUCUUGGCAGGCAGCAAUGGUACGAUGGAGAAGAUUGCAGACGCAAUCCACCGCGCCAUUUCUUCAGUCGAUGAAGUCAACAAGCGCAGUGAGCUUUGGGACUCGCUGAUCAUUUGCGGUAACGGAUCCAGGCUAAGAGGCUUCAAGGAGGCGCUUCUCCAAACACUGAACUCGAAAUACCUCAUCUCGCCUUCAUCAGCCACGAUCUUCACUUCAGAGAUCCCUUCGAACAUGUCCACACCCGCUGGCACAGGUGCCAAUACGCCCCAACCGCAGCUAGGCCCUCACGGUAGCUCAGGAGUCAACCCUCUGUUGUUUGCAGCCACGACUGCUCAAUCCCAGGGACUGAUGCCCCAUGGCGGCAACCCUCUGAUGUCCAGUCUGUCGCACAAUUCACACUCUUCUCACGGUCAGACGCCUACAUCAAUUAAGACGGUGAAGCCUCCAGAGUACUUCCCCGAGUGGAAGGAUGUUGGUUUUGAUGAGUCAGCGUUCCUUGGUGCACAGGUUGCAGCGAAGGUCAUCUUUGUCGUCGACCAGGGCCAGAGCAAGGGUUACAUGACCCGUCCUGACUACAACGAUCAGGGCCCUCAAGGUAUCCAUGACUACAGUCUGUGAAACUGAUCGGCAUCAUGUGGUUUUUGUGUCUCGCACAUUGAGUAGUUGAUCUUGUAUACGUAGAUUGGAGUUUGGAGGUCAUGAAUACCUAGCGUGGGAUCAAAAGGGAUCAUUAUGGCGCACGUUGCCGUCUUCCGAGAAAAGAGGAAUGUUACGAAUCAAGAGAAACAAAAAGCAUGUGCAGGUUGAGGGCGCAGCACAUUCUCAAUCAAGCUAUAACCAC